AUGGCUGCUAUUCAAGACCAGCUCAACCGUGGCGCCGUCCCCAACCACAUCUCUAACGUCUGUCCCAAAGGCACAAAGUUUCAUGUGCUGGAAGUUGGAUGGCUGGAAUGCGACGAGGGCUUCGUGGUGCGUGGGGGCAACACUAGUCUGAAGAGCACCGAGGGCAAGUCCUUUGUCAACAAGCGGAGGGAGCUGCCCAUGUAUUGUAUCCUGAUCGAACAUCCCCACGAAGGCCUUGUUCUGUGGGAGACAGGCUGUGGAAAAGACUAUCCCGAGGUCUGGGGGCCUGCCUUGAGCGAUGUUUUCACCCGCGUCAAAUACGAGCCCAGACAUGAGCUUAAGGCGGCGGUCGAAGCUACGGGGAACAAGCUCGAGGACGUCAAGAAAAUCAUCAUUGGUCAUCUGCAUCUCGACCAUGCUGGAGGCUUGGACAUGUUCUUGGAUAGGAAGGAUGUCGAGAUCUGGGUCCAUGACAAAGAGCUCAAAUCGGCAUUUUGGUCCGUUGCAACGGGAGCAGAUACGGGAGUCUAUCUUGAGCAUUACCUGAAACUGAGCUUCAACUGGAAGACCUUCGAUGACCGAACGUUCGACUUCUGCCAGGGCAUCACGUUGCAUCACUUGCCGGGCCAUACUGACGGUUUGAUUGGAAUGCAGAUCAACAUGCCAGACAGCGGCACCUUCUUGUUUAUUAGUGACCAUUGCCAUGUCAUUGAAAAUUGGCGCGACGGAAUUCCUCAAGGCUGGCUUGCAAGAGAUCACCCUGCAUGGUUCCAAAGCACACAACGGCUGAAGCAGCUGGAGAGGACAACCAGAGGACGAGUGAUCCCGGGACAUGACAAGGAAACAUUCCUCGACUUGGUCAGCAAAGGUAGCGCGUAUACUUGA